AUGACGCCAAACAUCGGCCGGCCAUUAAUAAUUGUCGGAAAGACGUUGCCUGGGAGGCAAGAGUUUAAUAAAUCAAAAAGCAGGGACUGGUUCCUUUUUUUAAAUUCCUUCUUUCUUUCAUCUCGCCAGUUUAGCUUUUAUUUAUCUUUUCUUUCUUUGAUUUGCCAUUCCUUUUUUCUUUCCUGUGCUUUCCUUGUACUUAUUCUUUGUUUUUUUCUCUCUCUCUCAUUCUCUCAUUUGUUACGUCCUUCUAUUCUUCCUUCCCUUAAUAUUUUUCUCAUUGUUCAUUUUCUUAUCGCAAUAUAUUCUUCUUCUUCAUCUCUCUCUCUCACUUUCUUCCUUCCUUCUUUUAUUCUGUUCUUCCUUUCUCCUAUCGUUCAUUCGUUCGUUCGUUCUUUCCUCCCACCCUUCCUCUCGCCUUUCAGCCUCUUUUUCUCUUCUUCCUUUCUUUUGACGUUCAUUCGUUCAUUCGUUCGUUCCUUCCUUCCACCCUUCCUAUCGCCUUUCAGCCUCUUUUUCUCUUCUUCCUUUCUUCUGUUGUUCAUUCGUUCCUUCCUUCCUUCCAUCCUUCCUCUCGCCUUUCAGCGUCUUUUUCUCUUCAUCCUUUCUUCUGACGUUCAUUCGUUCGUUCCUUCCUUCCACCCAUCCUAUCGCCUUUCAGCCUCUUUUUCUCUUCUUCCUUUCUUCUGUUGUUCAUUCGCUCGUCCUUUCGUUCCAUCCUUCCACCCAUCCUAUCGCCUUUCAGCCUCUUUUUCUCUUCUUCCUUUCUUCUGUUGUUCAUUCGUUCCUUCCUUCCUUCCACCCUUCCUAUCGCCUUUCAGCCUCUUUUUCUCUUCUUCCUUUCUUCUGUUGUUCAUUCGCUCGUCCUUUCGUUCCUUCCUUCCACCCAUCCUAUCGCCUUUCAGCCUCUUUUUCUCUUCUUCCUUUCUUCUGUUGUUCAUUCGUUCGUUCCUUCCUUCCACCCUUCCUAUCGCCUUUAAGCGUCUUUUUCUCGUCAUCCAUUCUUCUGACGUUCAUUCGUUCCUUCCUUCCACCCAUCCUAUCGCCUUUCAGCCUCUUUUUCUCUUCUUCCUUUCUUCUGUUGUUCAUUCGUUCCUUCCUUCCUUCCACCCUUCCUAUCGCCUUUCAGCCUCUUUUUCUCUUCUUCCUUUCUUCUGUUGUUCAUUCGCUCGUCCUUUCGUUCCUUCCUUCCACCCAUCCUAUCGCCUUUCAGCCUCUUUUUUUCUUCUUUCUUUCUUUCUCAAUGUUUUUCAUUCGUUCCUUCCUUCCUUCCUUCCUUCCACCCAUCCUAUCGCCUUUCAGCCUCUUUUUCUCUUCUUCCUUUCUUCUGUUGUUCAUUCCCUCUUUUUCUCUUCAUCCUUUCUUCUGACAUUCAUUCCUUCGUUCGUUCGUUCCUUCCACCCAUCCUAUCGGCUUUCAGCCUCUUUUUCUCUUCUUCCUUUCUUCUGUCGUUCAUUCGUUCGUUCCUUCCUUCCUUCCAUCCUUCCUAUCGCCUUUCAGCCUCUCUUUCUCUUCAUCUUCUCUUCUGACGUUCAUUCGUUCGUUCGUUCCUUCCUUCCACCCUUCCCAUCGCCUUUCAGCCUCUUUUUCUCUUCAUCCUUUCUUCUGAUGUUCAUUCCUUCGUUCCUUCCAUCCUUCCUAUCGUCUUUCAGCCUCUUUUUCUGUUCUUCCUUUAUUAUUCCUUUCCUUUUUUUUAUUAAUCUGCAAACACUGCAGUACAUUGCUUCCUAUUCUUUUCAGCCCUUUACUUUCUUUCUUUCUUUCUUUCUUUCUUUCUUUCUUUCUUUCUUUCUUUCUUUCUUUCCAGUGUUACAUACAUUUCUUCCUUCCCUCUUUCCUUCAUUUCAUUUUCUUUCUUUUUAUUUUUUCACCGCUUCAUGCCUCACUUUCAUUCCACUAAUUUCUUUCUUUCUUUCUUUCUUUCUUUCUUUCUUUCUUUCUUUCUUUCUUUCUUUCUUUUGUUCUAUAUCCUGCUUUUACAUCCAACCUUCCUUUUCUUUAGUUUUUCCUUUCUUCCAACCUAGUACUUCUUUCUUUUUUCCUUUUCUUUAUUCUUUACUUCAUUUUUUUCCUAAUUUCAUUCUAAUUUCAGCCAUUUACGUCCUUGCUUUUUACUCUUCAUUCUUUUUUUUCUUUCCUUUCUCGUUUUUACUUCAUUAUUUACUUCGUUUUUUCUUCUUUCCUUUCGCCUUGUCAUUCUUUCGUAACUUUCUUUCGUUUAUUCUUUUCUUUCAGUCUUUUACGGCCUUAUUUUCUUUCCUUUUCCCCCUUCUUUUCAAUGUAUUACAUUCUUCUUCCCGUUAUUUUUUUUCUUUUCAUCUUUAUUCAGCCUUUUACAUCCUUCCUUCAUUUUUAUUUCAGAUCUUUAUUUCCUUCCUUUUUCUUUUCUUUCAGCCUUUAACUUUCUUAUUUUCAUUUUUCUCACACCCCGGAUUUUUUUUAAAUUUCAUUACAAACUUCGUUUUCUUCUUUCUUUCUUUCUUUCUUUCUUUCUUUCUUUCUUUCUUUUAUUUCUAUUGGGUUCAUAUUGGGUUUCUUUCUUUCUUUUUUUCUUUCUUUCUGCGUCGUUUUUAUCUAUAUGAUGUAUUUUUUUUCGUUUUCUUUCUUUCCUUCUUUCAUUGUUUUAUUUUGUUUUCUUUCUUUCUUUCUUUCUUUCUUUCUUUCUUUCCGUCUCUCUUUUAUUUCUAUUCCUACUCAUAUUGGGUUAAUCUUUCUUUCUUUCUUUCUUUCUUUCUUUCUUUCUUUCUGCGUCGUUUUUAUCUAUAUGCUGUAUUUUUUUCGUUUUCUUUCUUUCCUUCUUUCAUUGUUUUAUUUCGUUUUCUUUCUUUCUUUCUUUCUCUAUUUUAUUUCUAUUCCUACUCAUAUUGGGUUAACCUUUCUUUCUUUCUUUCUUUCUUUCUUUCUUUCUUUCUUUCUUUCCAGUGUUAG